GUACAGCACUGGCUGGCUACGGUUAUUAGUUUCCUGUCGGAUGAGUCCAGAGUCAGAGAGAGAGAGAGAGAGAGGGAGGAGGGGAGAGAACGACAGAGACUGAAGACAGACCUGAAACGAAACCCACCCCAACGCCGUCUACUAAAGCUAAGACUGCGGUUAUAACCCAGGAUCUGUCAGCAAGUGGCCGGAAGGAAUUUUUUGACAGUUCAGCGCAUCAUUCGAACACUUCAGCGUUCGUUCUGUCCUGGCUGUCUUUUUCAAUGGUAGCAAUCUACCUCCUACACGUUAACCGGAUUAGCUAACGAGGCUUGACAUUAAUUUUGGCACCCGCUCGUUUUUUUCCGUAAUCUGUAUACUGUGUAAAAUUAUUGGCUAGCUCGUGUUAGCUAGCUAGGAAGAAAUGACGGAGCUGAGAAAGCGAGGAGGAGGCGGGGACCCGGACAGUACAGAAAACAUUAGCGACAAGGAGGCAGAUGGAGAGGACAGACUGGGCCUGCCCGGAGAGCCGGACGUAGACAGAGAGGGUGAGCCCAAACCGGACACCCCGGAGGUCCCUCAGUCCGAAGACAACACUCCGCAAUGUCUCAACAAAGCCCUGGAAGGGCUCUCCUCCAGAUGGAAGAACUGGUGGAUACGAGGGAUUUUGUCAUUAACAAUGAUCUCCGGCUUCUCCCUGAUGAUCUACUUGGGACCUAUCAUGUUAAUACUGGUGGUCAUGACCAUUCAGAUCAAGUGCUUCCAGGAGAUUAUAACCAUCGGGUACAGAGUCUAUCAUUCCUACGACCUCCCCUGGUUCAGGACACUAAGCUGGUACUUUCUGAUUUGCGUGAACUACUUCUUCUACGGGGAAACAGUGGCAGACUACUUCGGCGCAUUCGUUCAGAGGGAGGAGCCGCUGCAGUUCCUGGUGCGCUACCAUCGGUUCAUCUCCUUUGCACUUUACCUGGCAGGUUUCUGCAUGUUUGUACUGAGUUUAGUGAAGAGACAUUACCGCCUGCAGUUUUAUAUGUUUGCUUGGACCCAUGUGACGCUGUUGAUUGUGGUAACUCAGUCACACCUUGUCAUUCAGAACCUGUUUGAGGGCACGAUCUGGUUUAUUGUCCCAAUAUCCAUUGUUAUCUGCAAUGACAUCAUGGCUUACCUCUUCGGCUUCUUCUUUGGCAGAACGCCAUUGAUUAAGCUCUCCCCAAAGAAGACCUGGGAAGGCUUCAUUGGAGGAUUCUUCUCCACCGUGGUCUUCGGAUUUAUUUUUGCCUACCUCCUGGCUCAGCACCAGCACUUUGUGUGCCCGGUUGAGUACGACAGCGAGACGAACCGUUUCGCGGUGGAGUGCGAGCCCUCCGAGCUCUUCCUGAUUCACGAGUACACCCUCCCGGCGGUGCUGCAGAAGACCCUCCGAUGGGAAAAGGUGUAUCUGUACCCCUUUCAGAUCCACAGCAUCGCCCUCUCCACUUUCGGGUCCCUCAUAGGGCCAUUCGGCGGUUUCUUUGCCAGUGGAUUCAAGAGAGCUUUCAAAAUCAAAGAUUUCGCAGACACCAUCCCGGGACACGGGGGCAUCAUGGAUCGCUUCGACUGUCAGUACCUGAUGGCCACGUUCGUUCACGUUUACAUAGCUAGCUUUAUCAGGGGCCCGAACCCCAGCAAGGUGUUACAGCAGCUGCUAGCACUACAGCCAGAGCAGCAGCUCAGCAUCUUCAACAUGCUGCGCUCCCACCUGAUGGAGAGAGGCAUACUGCCCCCUUCUGGCACGGAGGCGUAAUGAAGAGGCCAGAGAUGGCUCCAGCCUCCCAGUCAGUCUCCCUCCCCUUGAUUUUAUUAUUUAUCGUGACUGUGAAUACACUGCACUGCAACUCCUGACGUCAGGAGUCACCUGGACAACACACACAGACUUCGUGCUACCCUGGGACUUGCAUGGCAACGCGGGUGAAUCCCAGAAGGCCACGGGAGUGCCUGUCGGCCCUUUUAUUGGAAAGCAUUACCCAAAAGACUUUUCAAGCUCUGUGAAAACAUUGUGUCUUCCAGACAAAUGAAUCCAAGCACAUGCCUAGAAUGAAUGUAGAGGGCGACAAUACAGGAGUCUGCAGUGGAGAUACGUUCAUGUGCUAAUGCUGCACUGACUCCACACAAUGUAAGGAAAAACUGCUCGAGUCUGUGCAGCUUCCACAGAUUGGUGGGUAACCAGGCUACAGUGGACACGAUCACCCGUCUGUAUCCCUGUACUAACCGCAGACACUGGUGUUCCAGGAGUCGAGAUGUCAGCCGCACUUGCUACAGUAUGUAGAGUAGGGUGUGCCGUCUAGGUGACAGUAGUCUUAACUUCAGAAUGAAAAAAAGGAUCAAAACGUGAGCAUGUACUGUACAUUGGAGGUCCUGCUGUUGCUGCUGAAAUGUGUCAUUUUCCUCUCUCCUUGCACAUUACCAAGAGUGUGGUGUCAUUUUAGAGCAGAUAGACUCAAACUGUUGAUUGAGGUUGACGGUUCAAAGCAUGGCAAUAGGUACUGUUAAUGACUAAAAGGUAAAGCUACCGCACAGACUAAUGCACACUUGUACAGUAUGUGUAUGUGUUUGGACAUAUAUAUAUAUAUACACAUUAAACUGUACAUCUGUAGACACAUGUACACACGCACGUAAAGGGUAUGCAUUUGUCUAUAACCUAUAGCUGUGUAUAUAUAUAUAUUUAUAUAUGAUAUAAAGAGUACCUAUGUGACUUGUCAAGUAAAAAUGUAUUUAAAGACUAAAAAGAGAUUAUGCAAACAGUGGGAUCUGUCAUGUAAUUUUCAGUAGGCAGCAUGUUUAAGGUUACUCUGGCUUGAUUAGUUGAAUUGAUAGAGAGGCAAGGUUUUAUGGUUUGCUGAUGUGAGGCAGCUUUUUAAGGAC